AUGCCUAUAAUGACAAAUAGACGAACAAACGAUUCCUUACGUGACCACGAUAUGAUUGAACAAUCCAGUCAACCGAAAAGGGAAGCCGAAAGCAAUCUCGAAUUAUGGAGAGCUCUCAGAGACCAACGCGAGCGUGAAACACCUAUGAGAACAAAUCAGCGAAUAAAUACGUCUUUAAUUGGUCCCCAAAGGUCGAACUAUCUAGAUCUACACGAGCGGAUGAGGGGAACAGUAACAAGUUAUGAAACCAUUUAGAACGAAUUCAUGUACCAACAUUUUCCGGCGAUAAAACCAAGUUUGAAGAAUGGAAAGCUCGUUUACUGUGUGUGUUGAUAAAACUGACGCGUCAAUAAUGCAUAAGUUAAUCCGUUUGCAGUCGCUUUCACGAGGGGAAGCGGAAGAACUUCUCGAAGGUCUUGGCUGGGAAAGCAGCGAUUAUUAUAGCAUGUGGAAAAUUCUUGAAGAUGAAUAUUGAGGGGAUGAGCGGUUUAUUAACCAUCAAAUGUAACUUAUACGCGACGUAAAACAAGUAAAAACUGUAGAAUAUAUUCGACAAUUUUCUCGGCGUCUAAACACACGCGUAGUUACAAUAAAGAAUCGUCGACGGUAUGACGAGUUGGAUGCCGAUAUUUUGUAUUGUGUGGUUAAUUCGAAAUUAUCUCCAAGACUACUGGAAACAUACUAUACGUGGCUUGAUGACCAACAUCGUAGAUCUACUUUGGAAGCCCUACGACAUUGGCUAUUGGUUUAUUCGAGGCAUAAAGUGCAAGCCGAAGAAGAUGUUGAGGGUGUUAUAAAGAAUGAUCAAGAAAGAAGACCAAAUCGUUGCAAUAACACAUACACGUCAGCAGGGAACAACAGAAAAACGACGUCUAUUUGUUUCAAACGUAACAAGAAACAUUAUAUUUCGAACUGUUAUCGGUUCAAGUCGAUGUCCUUAAAAGUACGUUGGGAAUUUGUUCCAGAAAAGAACUUAUGUUUUAAAUGCUUGAACUCAGGUCAUCAAAGUGUAAAAUGCGAUAAAGAUGAGACGAGUCCAAUCUCGGAAUGUCACAGUCGAUAUCACCCGUUGCUCCACCGACAUCAGCCCAAAGCAAUUGGAAAGGAUAAUGUUGAACAGUCAACUACCACCGAGCAACAAAAUGAGGAACAGAGAGAAAUUCAUAAUGAUCUAAGUAAAACAAAUCUACCCCCUCCUACAUCAAUGAGUAAUCACGUAACCGAUAAUGGAUCACAAUUUAUAGCACUUAGAACAGUUCCUGUCGUUCUGGUUAAUGGCAAUCAACGCAUUGUAGCAAAUGCCUUCCUUGACGAAGGAAGUACCGCUUCGUUUGUUCGAGAAGAUAUUGCUCAUAAACUUAAAUUGCAAGGAGCACCUGAACAACUUCACGUUUCUACCUUAACCGGAAAGACGACGUUCAAUAGCACCCGUGUUCAAAUCAAUGUGGAAAGUCUUGAUAGCAAAUUCAGUAGUCGAGUUGAUGCUUGGAACAAGGAUUCUGUAACUCCAAGACUUCAUGUGAUUGAUUGGAACAAACAAAAGAGUCAAUGGCCCCACCUUCGUCACCUUGAAUUUCCCCAUGUUCCACGCAACCGAGUCGUUCACAUCCUGAUUGGAAUCAACGCUAUUGAAUUUCACUCACCUCUUGAAGAAAUUCCUAGUUUACACGGUGAACCGGUCGCUCGAAGAACACCCUUGGGUUGGACGUGCGUUGGACCCUGUCAGAGAAACAUUGCUCUAUCUGAAGUGCGUUCUCAUUAUGCUUUUCACAUUGCGAUGAAAGAAGAUGAAGGGGAUAAUUUGGACUGUACCCUACAACGCGUUUGGGAUCUCGAAUCUAUCGCCUUAGUACCACGCAGAGAAGAGACAUCCACUCCAGACGAUUUGGAAGCUGAGAAGAAAGUUGCGAAUUCCUUACGUUAUGUCAACUGUCGCUACGAAGUAGGAAUACCAUGGAAGAAGAACGAAGCACAGUUGGAAAAUAAUUACAACUUGGCUUAUAAACGUCUAGAAACACUCGAACAGUCUUUAAAACGACGUCCGAAUGUCGCCGAGAGUUACCAAAAAGUAACUGACGAUCAUUUGUCCAAAGGGUAUAUUCGGAAACUUACCCGCCAAGAAAAGCAACGACCAAAGUAGUACCUUCCACAUUUUCCUGUGGUGCGCAACGAUAGAUCAACGACGAAAGUCAGAAUAGUCUUUGACGCAGCGUGUAGUUUUCAAGGGAAAAGCCUGCAUGAUUCUAUGCACACUGGUUCUAAGCUACAGAAGGAAGUUUUGGACGUACUUUUACGUUUUCGCCGCGACAGGAGUGCCUUAUCGGGUGACAUUAGCGAGAUGUUUUUGCAAGUUAUCAUGGCAGAAAGUGAUUGUACAUAUAUUCUUUCCUGUGGCGUGACCUGAAAAACGGAACUUCUGAUGUUUAUGAAUUUCAACGAUUGGUGUUUGGAGAUAAAGCGUCCACCUACUUGACUCAAGCUGUGUGUCGAGAACAUGCAAAGAGAAAUGCAAAUGAAUACCCGGAUGCCGCCAGGACAGUCUUGGAUUCAAUGUAUGUGGAUGACACCUUGGAUUCAGUCUCGAACGCAGCAAAAGUAAUUAAUCUUCGACCUAAUUUAACGGCAAUGAUGGCUCAAGCUGGAAUGAAAAUUAGAAAAUGGUGCUGCAACGAAACAGCCGUGAGGCGGACGUCUUUCCUUUGGAUAGUGCUCAAGGAAGUAUAGAGAUACGAGAAAAACUUUGCCAACAAUCAAAGCUCUGGGAGUUACUUGGGAAGCCCGCAAUGACUUGUUAACUUUUCAAUACGCAGCACCCUCUAUACCUGACCAAUUAACGAAGAGAGUCGUAACAAGUUUUGCAGCCAAAAUCUUCGAUCCGCUGCAGAUUUUGUGCCCAUUUACAAUACAAGCCAAAAUUCUCCUACAGAAAGCCUGGGGUCUCACUUGGGAUGAGAAACUACCUGAUGAUUUGUCCAAAUCGUGGAAACAGUGCUUUGAGCGGCUUACUCAACUUAGAGCAUUAAAGUUGGGAAGGUGCCUUCGACAAGAUCGAAGUGUUGAUAGCCAAUCAGUUCACACGUUUGCCUCAACGCAAGCGUACGCCGCGGUUUCAUACAUUCAGAACAUUUGCCUCGAUGAAACAGUUUCAGUGGUGUUUAUAGCAGCUAAAUCGCGAGUCGCUCCUUUAAAGAAUUAA